ACUUGCUUGCUACUGUGUGCUCGCUGUUGCAGCCGCCGCCAAGCCUUGGGCCAAGCUGCUCUGUGAGUGGCCGCGCGCUCUGUGAUUCUACUAGUGUCCGUGGCCGCCGGCCGGCAUGGACAGCAUCACUCACAACUCCAGCAGCAGCAGCUCAUGGGAUUUGGACAUGAGCCUCGGCAGCCACCACCACCCCCUCCUCUUCGACAGCCACCCCAACACGGCGCCUCCGCCGCCGCCGCCAUUGCCGUUCCAUCUCUCCACCUCCCAUCACCACCCUCCUCCGCAUCCUCCGCACCACCACCACCUAGAUCCUUCCCCGUCUUCCUCCCUCUUCCCGCCGCAUGCGCACCACCGCCUCCACCACCUCGGCCUCGACAUCGACCCCUCCCCCCACCACCGGCACCACCAUGAGUACGAGCAGCAGCAGCAGGAACCCGGCCACCACGAGCAGCAGGAGGAGAUGAGGCCGCAGGAGGCGGGCGUGGCCCAGCACGAGCGCGGCGGCGGCGAGGACGUGGAGGAGGAGCUCGGCGCCAUGAAGGAGAUGAUGUACCGGAUCGCCGCCAUGCAGCCGGUGGACAUCGACCCGGCCACCAUCAAGAAGCCGCGGCGCCGCAACGUCCGCAUCAGCGAGGACCCCCAGAGCGUGGCGGCGCGGCACCGGCGCGAGCGGAUCAGCGAGCGCAUCUGCAUCCUGCAGCGCCUCGUCCCAGGGGGCACAAAGAUGGACACCGCCUCCAUGCUCGAUGAGGCCAUCCGCUACAUCAAGUUCCUCAAGCGCCAGGUGCAGGAGCUCCAGCACCAGCCGCCGCAGCAGCAAUACCCGGCCGCCGCCGCCGCCGGCGUUGCAGCCGGAGCCGGGCCCAGCACCUCGGUCGUGGGCCAGCCGGGGCGACCCGGCGGGCCGUUCCUCCCGUUGGGUCCCGGGCCGCUCAUUGACUGGGCCGGGCUGGUGAGGCCCAUGGACAUCCACGGGCCGACAUCGUCGUCGUCCUCGUCGUCGAUGGGCGGCGCGCACGCGGCCCUGGGCUUCGGGUUCAGCAGCGCCGGCCAGAGCAGCCAUGGAAUGCACUGAUGAAUCCAUGAUCGAUGUAGCGGCGGAUUAAUAUAUUAACUAGGAAUCAUCGUCGAUGAUGGAUGGAUUAUUGGUGGAUGGAUCAUGGAGGAUAUAUAUCAUGACGUUCUAGAGAGGUAAUUUUGAUUAUUUGAUCUUUUGAUUAUUCUAGCUAUCUAGCUG